GGCUCAAAACGUUCUGGAAUGAUAUCUUCAGCUUGUGAUAAAGAGUCAAAUAUGGAAAAACGGGUUGUCAUGAUUUCUAAAUCAGAAUAUUCUAUGCAGUCAUCUCUGGCAGCCAAAACUGAUGUUCAGCAGGUUGUUAUGUAUUGCAAGGAGAAGCUUAUUCGUGGAGAAUCAGAAUUUUCUUUUGAAGAACUGAGAGCCCAGAAAUACAAUCAACGGAGAAAGCAUGAGCAAUGGGUAAAUGAAGACAGACAUUAUAUGAAAAGAAAAGAAGCAAAUGCUUUUGAAGAACAACUAUUAAAACAGAAAAUGGAUGAACUUCAUAAGAAGUUGCAUCAAGUGGUGGAGACAUCCCAUGAGAAUCUGCUUGCUUUCCAUGAAAGGUCUGAGGUUAAUUCAGCAUGUAUGGGGCCAAGUGUAGGCUCCCAGGAGGAAUUGAGAGUUCCGUGUCUUCCAGCCAUGGAUCAGCAGACCUCAAAGAACAUGGGGGAGAACUCCAGAGCAGCACCUACCAUUGCUCCCCUUAUGACAAAUGCUAUUACUGCUGCUUUGGAGUCCCCAGCCAUCGGCCAGAGCAUAGCUCCUCCAGUUCCUUUGACAGCCCAGCCAGUGACAAACUCCAUGUAUACAGUGGCCAGAAAAGAUGACAGAUGUGUGAAUAAAAGUACGUGUGAAUUCAAGCCACAGAGCGAAGCAGAGAUAAAGGAAGGGUGUGAAAUACAUAAGGUUGCUAGCACAAGUUCUUUUCACACAACUCCAGACACAUCACUGGGAAUGGCUCAGGCAACACCAUCCACAGUGCAGCCGUCACCCACUGUGCACACAAAAGAAGCAUUAGGUUUCAUCAUGAAUAUGUUUCAGGCUCCUACACUUCCUGAUAUUUCUGAUGACAAAAAGGAAUGGCCAUCUUUAGAUCAAAAUGAAGAUGCAUUUGAAGCCCAGUUUCAGAAAAAUGCAAGGUCUUCUGGCGCUUGGGGAGUCAAUAAGAUUAUCUCUUCUCUGUCAUCUGCUUUUCCUGUGUUUGAAGAUGGAAACAAAGAAAAUUAUGGAUUACCACAGCCUAAAAAUAAACCCACAGGAGCCAGGACCUUUGGAGAGCGCUCUACGAGCAGAUUUCCUUCAAAACCAAAUGAAGAAGUGCCUCAUGCUGAAGAGUUUCUAGAUGAUUCAACCAUAUGGGGUAUUCGCUGCAACAAAACCCUGGCACCCACUCCUAAGAGCCCAGGAGACUUUACAUUUGCUGCACAGCUUGCUUCUACCCCAUUCCACAAACUUCCAGCAGAGUCAGUGCACAUGCUAGAAGAUAAAGGAAAGACUAAGAAACUGCCACAGAUGAAAAAGGAUGAAAGAAACAUGACAACUAAAUGCAGCAGUAUCCGGGAUUGGAUCCUGGAGCAGAAGAAGGAUGUUAGUGGAAAGACUGGUGAAAUCCGAAUGAAAUCUGGAGUUUAUCCAAUUGAAGAGAAAAUCCCAGAACAAGCAGUCUCCUCUGACAAAUCUUCAGCAUCCUUACUCCACCUGAGCCUGCCUACUGCAGGUGGUGUACUUUCCCAUGAGGCGGAGCGGGGCCUUGAGGCUUGUAAACUCACAGACACUGACAUUGCCAUUGCGAAGGAUCCACCAGAUGUUAUCGCUGGGCUUCAAGCAGAUUGGACGCAGACUAGUUCACAUGGGAAUGUCAAUGCUCCAAACUUCACUGUUGAGAACCCAUGGGAUGAUGAGUUAAUUCUCAAACUUUUAUCUGGGCUUACUAAACCAGUGAGUUCCUAUACAAAUACUUUUGAAUGGCAAUGUAAACUUCCAUCCAUCAAGCCCAAGACUGAAUUUCAAUUGGGUUCUUCACUGGUCUACGUCAGUCACCUUCUUGGAGAAGGGGCCUUUGCUCAGGUCUAUGAAGCUGCUUAUGGAGAUGUGGAUGAUACUAAAAAUAAACAGAAAUUUAUUUUGAAGGUCCAGAAGCCUGCCAACCCCUGGGAAUUCUACAUUGGGACCCAGCUGAUGGAGAGACUAAAGCCAACCAUGCAACACAUGUUUAUCAAAUUUUAUUCUGCCCACUUAUUCCAGAAUGGCAGUGUAUUAGUAGGAGAUCUCUACAGCUAUGGAACAUUACUAAAUGCCAUUAACCUCUAUAAAAAUACCCCUGAAAAAGUGAUGCCUCAAGCUCUCGUCAUCUCUUUUGCUAUGAGAAUGCUUUACAUGAUUGAACAAGUCCAUGACUGUGAAAUCAUUCACGGAGACAUUAAGCCAGACAAUUUCAUACUUGGAAAUGGAUUUUUGGAGCAAGAUGGUGAAGGUGAUGAUUUAUCUGCUGGCUUGGCACUAAUUGACCUGGGUCAGAGUAUAGAUAUGAAACUUUUUCCAAAAGGAACUACAUUUACAGCAAAGUGUGAAACAUCUGGUUUUCAGUGUAUUGAGAUGCUCAGUAACAAACCAUGGAACUACCAGAUUGAUUACUUCGGAGUUGCUGCAACAGUAUACUGCAUGCUCUUUGGCACUUACAUGAAAGUGAAAAAUGAAGGAGGAGUCUGGAAACCGGAAGGUCAUUUUAAAAGGCUUCCUCAUUUGGAUAUGUGGAGUGAAUUUUUUCACAUCAUGUUGAAUAUACCAGAUUGUCGUCAUCUUCCAUCUUUGGAUUUGUUAAGGCAAAAGUUGAAGAAAAUAUUUCAACAACACUAUACAAACAAGAUUAGGACCCUGCGUAAUAGGCUAAUUGUACUGCUCUUAGAAUAUAAGCGUUCACGAAAAUAAAAUUUGGAUAUAGACAUUCUCCAGAAAUCUCUUUGUAAAUGCUAACCUGCUCACUUUUAACCCUGAUUUUUUUGUUACAUUUAUUGUGUAUAUAAAUGUUUUUUAAAAAUAAAUUCCACAGAUUACAUCUGUGUGACUUAGCUGUUAUAAAUAUUUCAACAAAAUAUACAAUGCAAUAUGUUCCCUAAAUAGCAGGCUGAUUGGGCUACAGGUAUUCAUUAGAAUAAUUCAGAUGUGAACAUUCUCUAGAAAUCACUCUUUAAAUACUGACUUGUUUACUUUAAACCAAAAAGGGCCAAGAAAACUUUUUUCCAAAUUUGAAGUGGUUGGUUUAAAAAAAAAAUUUCCCCAAAUAUAUCCAGGGGACUUCAAGUUUCUAUGAAUAAAGCCUGCCUGUCCUUUGUUGUACCUGUUCUUCAUCGCUAUUCAUGAAAUGCAAAUCCUAAGCCUCUCUAUUUUUUAGAAGUUCCAUUCAAAGGAAAAUCUCAGGUCUUGAAAAUAGUAUUAUAAGCUGUAUAGAUCAUUAAUCAGCUCUAAAAUUAUAGCAGUCAACUUAGUAUUUAUUGACUUUUGUUUUCCAUUCCAGAGACAACCACAACCCACUUUUUGUGACUCUUUCCAAAAAUGAUUCUAUGCAUAUUUCAUAUACAAUCAUGCACCACAUAAUGAGGUUUUGGUCACAAGUGGACCGCAUAUACAAUGGUGAUCCCAUAAGAUUAAAAUAGAGCUGAAAAAUUCUUGUUGCCUAGUGAUGUCAUAGCCAACAUAAUGUUGUAGCACAAAUGCCUUACUCGUGUUUGUGGUGAUGCUGAUGUAAACAAACCUACUGUGCUGCCAGUCAUAUAGAAGUAUAUGUACAGUAUAUAUACUUGACUGUGUUACUGGUUUAUGUAUUUACUGUACUAUGCUUUUUAUUGUAAUUUUAGCGUGUACUCCUACUUAUUAAAAAAAAAAGUUAACUGUAAAACAGCCUCAGGCAGGUCCUUCAAGAGGUAUUCCAGAAGGUAUCAUUAUCAUAGGAGAUGGCAGCUUCAUGCAUGUUAUUGCUCUGAAGACCUUCCAGUGGGACAAGAUGUGGAUGUGGAAGACAGUGAUAUUGAUGGUCCUGACCCUUUGUAGGCCUAGGCUAAUGUAUAUGUUUGUGUCUUAGUUUUUAACAAAGAAGUUUAAAAAGUUAAAAAAAAAAAAA